AUGGCUCGAGUUGUUCGUAAUAGCAAAUUUCGUCAUGUCUUUGGGCAAGUAGCUAAAAAAUCAGAUUGCUAUGACAAUAUUCGCAUAACAAAAAGUGCAUGGGAUUCAACAUUUUGCGCUGUUAAUCCAAAAUUUCUUGCAAUUAUAACUGAAUCAGCUGGCGGUGGCGCAUUUCUUGUAUUGUCACUUGACAAAGUCGGACGUGUUGAUCGCGAAGCCCCGCUUGUCAGUGGCCAUAAAUCAGCUGUACUCGAUAUCGCAUGGUGUCCACACAAUGAUAAUGUUAUUGCAAGUGGCUCCGAAGAUUGUACAGUUAAAAUCUGGCAAAUACCCGAUGGUGGUAUAACAUCGACACUAACCGAACCAACAGUCGAUCUUGUUGCACAUCAACGACGUGUUGGACAGAUCGUUUGGCAUCCGAGUGCAUUGAAUGUUUUACUUAGUGCAGGUAGUGAUAUGAAAAUUUUUAUUUGGAAUGUUAGCAAAUCAACGAUAUUAUCAACGAUUGAUUGUCACCCGGAAGUAAUUUUAAGUGUUGCAUGGAAUUAUAAUGGUUCACGAAUAGUUACAUCUUGUAAAGAUAAAAUAUUUCGUGUUAUCGAUCCGCGAACUUCCGAAGUUAUUCAAUCCGGUACAGGUCAUCAAGGUGGAAAACCUGCAAAAGCUAUUUACUUGCGUGAUGGACGAAUAUUUUCCACAGGGUUUUCGAAAAUGGCUGAACGGCAAUAUGCUGUAUGGGAUGAGAAUAAUUUGAGUUCACCUUUAACGAUGGUAGAACUUGAUUCAUCGAAUGGUAUUCUAUUUCCAAUUUACGACGAAGAUACUGGUGUAAUUUUCCUGUGUGGCAAAGGCGACUCAGCCAUACGUUAUUUUGAAUAUACACCGGAAGCACCAUAUAUUCAUUUUCUUAGUACAUAUUCGUCAUCAGAUCCACAACGUGGUAUUGGUACUAUGCCAAAACGUGGAUUGAAUAUUUCUACAUGCGAAAUAGCUCGUUUUUACAAAUUACUCAAUAAUGGUCUUUGCGAAGUAAUAAGCUUUACUGUACCGCGAAAAUCGGAACUUUUUCAAGAUGAUCUUUAUCCGGAUACUGCUGCUGAAGAACAUGCUAUAACCGCUGAUGAAUGGAUUAACGGAAAAGAUGCUAAUCCAAAAUUAAUAUCCGUCCGAAAUCAACAUUUAGGUCCAAAAUUAUCAACCGGUGCUGUGAUUAGUAAUAUUUCCAAUCAAAACAAACACGAAGUUGUCUUUGAUAAAACAUCUCUGACUCCAAAACCAUCAAUUGAUAAAAGUACAAAUGGCGUUCAUCAAGUGCAGAAGGAACCAACUCCUGUUCUGCCAAAGAAAACCGUAGUACCAUCUGAAAAAGCAGAAAGAUCAAAGAGUCCACAAGCUGAUACUAUAGUUGCUCAAUUAGAAAAAAUAAUGCAUCGCAUGGAUGAAUUUGAUCGUCGUUUAAAACUUCUUGAAAAAUCUUCUGUACCCGAACAAAGAAGAGAAUUAAUGGAUGAAAGUGCCGAUAAAAUUUCGAAUGAUGAUUUACAAUUUUAA